UAAUUAUAAAUGUUGUCGUAGUUACCAACUUAUUGCAUAAAUACCCACUCAUCUUCUCCGCCAAUCGACAAUGGCCGUUUCCGGAAUAUUCAUGUGCUUAAACCAGCCCACACUACCAAAAUCCGGAGCCCCUAAGCUCAAUCAUGCCGGAAGAAAACACACGUUGUGCGUUAAAGCAUGCCGCGGAAGUUCGGAAUCAGAGGACGGCAAGAUGGCGAUUAGGAAAGAGAAAGACGGUUGGAGUAUAGAUUUCUCCGGCGAGAAACCGGCGACGCCGAUGCUGGACACGAUCAACCACCCAAUUCAUAUGAAGAACCUCUCAAAAAAGGAACUGGAGCAGCUUGCAGCAGAGCUGAGAGUAGAGAUCGUGCACACCGUCGCAAAAACCGGAGGCCAUCUGAGCUCAAGCUUAGGAGUGGUGGAACUCACUGUUGCCCUCCACCACGUCUUCAACACCCCUCAUGACAAGCUCAUAUGGGAUGUCGGCCAUCAGGCCUACGGCCACAAAAUUCUGACGGGGAGGCGCUCUAAGAUGCACACCAUUAGGCAGACCUCCGGUUUGGCCGGUUUUCCCAAGAGGGAUGAGAGUGUUCAUGAUGCCUUCGGUGUUGGCCAUAGCUCAACAAGCAUUUCUGCUGGUCUUGGUAUGGCUGUGGCAAGAGAUCUAUUAGGGAAAGACAACAGUGUUGUGUCUGUGAUAGGAGAUGGAGCAAUGACUGCAGGGCAAGCCUAUGAGGCUAUGAACAAUGCAGGUUUCCUCGAUUCCAACCUCAUCAUCGUGUUGAACGACAACAAGCAGGUGUCGCUGCCCACAGCCACGCUUGAUGGGCCUGCCACCCCCGUUGGCGCCCUCAGCAGCGCCCUCACCAAGCUCCAAGCCAGCCCCAAGUUCAGGCAACUAAGGGAAGCUGCAAAAAGCAUAACGAAACAGAUAGGGCCGCAAGCGCAUGAAGUCGCAGCCAAGGUGGAUGAAUACGCAAGGGGGAUGCUGAGCGCAUCUGGCUCAACCUUCUUUGAGGAGCUCGGGUUAUACUACAUUGGGCCGGUGGAUGGUCACAACAUCGAUGAUUUGGUCACUAUUUUUCAGAAGGUUAAGUCGAUGCCUGCACCGGGGCCGGUCCUCAUUCACAUUGUGACGGAGAAGGGAAAAGGAUAUCCACCAGCAGAAGCAGCAGCUGAUAGAAUGCAUGGUGUUGUUAAGUUUGAUCCUUGCACGGGGAAGCAAAACAAGGCGAAAUCGUCUACACUUUCGUAUACACAGUAUUUUGCAGAGUCACUGAUCAGAGAAGCUGAAGCAGAUAGCAAGAUUGUGGCGAUCCAUGCUGCAAUGGGAGGUGGAACUGGCCUCAACUACUUCCAGAAGCGAUUUCCAGACCGAUGUUUUGAUGUAGGGAUUGCUGAGCAGCACGCCGUUACAUUUGCAGCAGGCUUGGCCACCGAAGGCCUCAAGCCCUUCUGCACCAUCUACUCGUCCUUCCUGCAACGAGGCUACGACCAGGUGGUACAUGAUGUUGAUCUACAAAAACUGCCUGUCCGGUUCGCCAUGGACCGGGCUGGCCUAGUUGGCGCAGAUGGGCCCACUCACUGUGGCUCGUUUGAUGUCACCUACAUGGCCUGCCUGCCUAACAUGGUGGUGAUGGCUCCAUCGGAUGAGGCAGAGCUCAUACACAUGGUUGCAACAGCUGCAGCCAUAGACGACCGCCCCAGCUGCUUCCGGUUUCCAAGAGGGAACGGCGUAGGAGCUCCCCUGCCUUACGAUAACAAAGGAACACCAAUUGAAAUUGGGAAGGGAAGGAUAGUGAUGGAAGGGAGCAGGGUGGCGAUUCUUGGGUACGGUGCAGCGGUGCAGCAGUGCAUAGGAGCAGCGGAGAUGCUCAAAUCCUACGACAUAGCACCCACAUUGGUGGAUGCAAGAUUCUGCAAGCCGUUGGAUACUCAUCUCAUCACAAGGCUUGCCAAGGAGCACGAGAUCCUCAUCACGGUGGAAGAAGGCUCCAUUGGGGGAUUUGGUUCACAUGUUUCACAUUUCCUCAGCCUCAAUGGACUUCUUGAUGGUCAUCUCAAGUUGAGAUCGAUGAUGCUUCCGGAUAGAUACAUAGAGCAUGGAGCACCGCAGGAUCAAAUUGAAGAAGCAGGUCUCACUUCAAGACAUAUUUGUGGGACAGUUUUGUCACUGGUGGGGAGGCCUAUGGAAGCUCUCAAACUUCAGUGAAACAAUGUAUACAUAACCCAAUAGAUUAACAAUCUGUCACAAACAAUGUGUCAUUCCAAACAUCAAGUAUGCAAGAUUGUGAUGGUUUCCUAUGUGUUAUUGUGUGUAUGAAUAAUCUCAUCUUCUUUCA